GAGAUGGAUGCAUCCACCCUCUCCAAAACUUUUAAGCCUACUCCUGAUCUCAAUCAAGAGUCUUCGAACUCUAGGAUUAUCUUCGCCUUAUUUGAGAUUGAAUCACCUUCCUUUGUCUCCUGGGGUUCUUUCCCUUCCCUAAACAAUAGUGGCCGUCAAGCAACUCAACAACAGACUACACAGAAAUUUGAAAAUCUCUUAAAAGAAAUUAAAGAGCUAAUUAAAAAUGUGACAAGUUGUGAGGAGAUCACAGAAGCAAAAGAUUCAUCUGAGGAAACCAGUAUUUCUGAGAAUGUAUCAGAACUGAAAGAACAAAUCAGAGAACUUGAGAAGGUAAACAAAGUAUUAUUGAACAACCUACUUGGUAGUUCAGACCUAGAGAAAGAACAGAACACAAAAAACGAGGAGAUGACUCUGGGACAUCAGAACUGCAGCGACAUGGUACCAGUUUUUAGAAGGGAUUUGGUAAAUUGUCCAGAAGAAAAUAGAGCCCUUAAGGAAACUCGACUAAGUGAGGAAAAAGCAACAUACAGAUUCCCUCCUGUUCAAGAAGAAAACUUCAAACUUAGGAACAACAUGGAGCAGUUACUGCAGGAAGCAGAACACUGGAAUAUGCAACACACUGAGCUCAGUGAACUGAUAAGAUCCUAUCAGAAAUCUCAGAAAGAUAUACAAGAAACUCUUAGAGAUAAUGGAGUGCAUUUCCAAACUCAACCAAAUCACAUGUCAGCUAAGCAUUACCUGGAGGAACAAGUGAAGAAACUGGAACAUGACACGUAUUCAUUGCAUUUGAUUGCAGCUUUGCUGGAAAAUGAAUGUCAGAUCUUGCAGCAGAGAAUAGAGCUUCUCAAGGAACUCCAUGAUCAGCAAGAGGGAACUCUGCAAGAAAAGCCAAUUCAGAUAAACUCUGAACAGGACAAGAAAAACCAGACGCUAUCAGAAGUAGAGCAUAAGCCAAAAAUGCAAGAAAGAGAGGGUACAUUGCAGAAAAAAGAUAAAUUCUACAGAGGCCUGGAUGCUUCUAGUAAGAAAGCACUUAACAACCACCUUAAUACUCAUAUUGCAAGAGGAGAUCUUGUGGAAAAAAAGAGACCAACCAGCAGCCUAUCUUAG